AUGGACCAUGGGUUUUUUCAACUAGAUAUCGAUAAUUACAGUGCUCAAUCCUUGACCCCGGACACUAUGUGGAACGGGUGCUAUCUUCCCACUCCCGACACGCCUACUUCCGGCUCGCAGCUUGAUCCCUCGCUCCUGCCACCAAGCCACCUACCCACAUCCCAGGACGCGUCUGCCUCAGCUAAUCAUUGUCUUCCCUCCGAACACGGUGAUAUGCGGGAUUGGACUAGCAAUAUGCACCCUGAUCAUCUUCUGCAACGAUUGCGCGGGGUUCCGUGGGCACCGUUGAAGUUUUGGUUGGAGUUGCGGAAGGUGUGCGAGGAUCGCAUCGUGCGAGCCAGGACUGGAUGCUCCCCACAGGAAACUGGACCGGUGCCUCCCGAUCUUGCUGACGAGUCCAACUCUACAACCUGCAGAUGGGACAACUGCACGGUCAACCUGAACUCCACCGAGGUUCCAGUCAUCAAGAAACACCUCCUGCAGUAUCACUUCGGUGAUAGAGCUGACUGGAUUGUUGGAGAGCGUGGUUAUUGUUUUUGGAAAGACUGCGACUAUCGAAAGUCGAUGAAAUGCUCAAGCUUUGCAAAGCACAUUGCUACCACUCACCUCAAAACCACAUCGAGAUUCUGCCAAAAUUGUGGGAAGUUAUUCACUCGCGGUGACUCCGAAUCCAGACACCGCAAAAACGGAACGUGCCAAGCUCAUUCAAGGGGUUUUUCACAAUGA